AUGGAUGCCAAGGUUUUACAGAAAGUAUCCGAGCUAAUUAAGGAUGAAUCUUCGUUAAGAGAUAUCUCUAAGAUCAAGGAGCAGUUAAUUAAGGAUAAGUCUACUAUUGAGUAUCAGUUGAACAAACUGUCCAAAAGUCGGUAUGAUGAAGUUCAAAACUGUUUAGAGAUGAUAAGCUCUGCAACUAAUUAUGUGAAUUCGCUUCGGGAUAAUCUGCGGAAUAUUGAUAAGUUAAGUCAAGAGAAUAAGUCUUCAAUUGAGAAGUACGAGGUGAUUAACGAGGUGACUAGGAUUCAUGAACUUAUUGAGAGGACUACCGAUAUAUAUGACCGUAUUGUAAAGUUCAAUGAUUUCUGUAACAAAAUUGAGAGUUGCAUAGAUGAGGAGAUAAGCUUGGAUGCCCUUGAAUCUGGAUGCCCGCAGUUGUUAUAUAUUCAUUUUAUGGUGAACAUGGCCAGAGAUUUCCAAGAGCAAAUGACAGUAAUGGCAAAUGUAUCUACUGAAGAUGUACAACGAACGAUAAAAAAAGUAUUCUCGAGGCUACCUGAUUUGGUGAAGAAAUUCGAUAAAUUGCUGGAGACUAUAAUAUAUGAUAUGCUGGAAGCUGUAAGGACAGAAAACAGGUCUUUGCUAUUGAAGUUAUUCAAGAUUGUUGAUUUUGAGAUCCGUGAGGAUGCUAAGAUAUUAGAAACGCAACAAAUAAUUAAAACCAAAGAGCUGGAGCAGGAAUCUACGAAGCUUAAGAAAUUGCCAUCAAAACUUGCUCGAUUGGAAGAUAAUACUGAAGCAAAGGCGGUGGACUACCCAACGGACCAUGCGUUGUUUGAAGAGAUCAUGAAUGGUACUAUUCAAACACGAACGAAUACUCGUGGAUAUGGCGAGUUUUUUUUCAAGACACUUGAAAAGUCCAUAGUAGAGUUAUUUAUAGAUGUGAGAAAGGAGUACUCUGGCGAACGGCAAUUUGAGGUCUUGGAUAAUUUAGAUUGGAUAUUUAACGAACUAAUUCUUGCUAAAGACCAUCUCAGCAAACUGUGCCCCAAGGAUUGGGACAUUUUCCAGAAGUAUUACAAUGCCUUCUACAAAGCACUUAACGGUUUAAUUACUGAAUUGAUAAACUCAGAACCCGAAUCACUUAUUAUACUACACAUACUUGACUUUGAUAAAUCUUUUAUCAAGACGUUGAGAAAAGAUUUCGGCUUCAGCAAAGAGGAGGCUGUCAGCAUUAUCGGCGAAAAGCAGAAGGAGCAACUGCUCCAAGAUUACUUGCAACUCAUAGUCAACAAGAUGAGAGAAUGGUUAAAUAACUUGGAGAAAACAGAAAUGACCGUUUUUUUGGAAAGAACCACACCUCCUAAUAUGGAUUCAGAGAGUUUAUUAUUCUUAGACGGUACAAAGACUUGUUUCCAAAUGUUUACCCAACAGGUUGAAGUUGCAGCAGGCUCUGGUCAAGCUCGGAUCCUCGUCGGGGUCGUUGAAAGAUUUUGUGAGCUAUUGUUUCAACGCCAAAACAACUGGAUGCGUGCUAUUAGCAGUGAGGUUGUAAAAUGCAUUCAAUACAACCAUAAGUACGAGGAAAAUCCAAAAAACAUCUCCAAAGAACAUGAAUGUGCUGGUGGUCUUGUAGAAUACCUUGUUGCUGUCGCAAACGAUCAAAUGAAAGCUGCAGAUUACGCAGUGGCCAUAUCGCAAAAAUAUGGCUCAAUGGUUUCAAAAGUCCAUGAACGUACUAUCACCAAUCGUAUUGAGGAGACCUUAGAUGGUUUUGCAGAAGUUGCUAAGUGUAGUAAUACGGGCCUAGUCGCUUUAAUAUUUGACGACCUACGCAAACCUUACACUGAAGUCUUCAGCAAAAACUGGUACACAGGCAACCAGGCUCAACAGAUUGCCGACACCAUUUACGAAUACUUGAGUGAUAUUAGAACCCAGAUGAACCCUUUCGUUUACUCAACCCUGGUCGAAGCUGUCAUUGAAGAAACAAUCCUCCGUUUCAUCGGCGCCCUAAAGUUUGAACAUACUUUUAAAAACAAGCAAAAUAAAUUCCUCGACUGCAUGAAGCGUGACUUCGAGAUCUUUUACAGGCUGUUCAUCCAAUUCAUCCCAAAUGAAGAAAAACACAUAAUCGAUGAAAAGUUCAAACUCAUGGAGUUUUUCAUGGACUUCAGCUGCAGCUCUAUAGAACUAAUCCCAGAAACAUGGUCCCACUGUCUUCAAAUAUAUUGGGAUACUCCACUUGAAUUACUUCAAAGCAUCCUCAAGUGUAGAAAAGACGUAGAUAAUUCAACAGCGAAAAUCCUGCUAGCAGAGGCAACUGCCAUAAGUUCUGAUACCACUCGCACGGCUGCUUUAAAGAAUCAGGACGUACAACCCACCUUCAUUAGUCGUUUUAAAUAG